AUGAAAACCUCAAUUAAGGAUCAAUGGGAAAUCAUAGAUUCAGUCCAAGAAACACCAGAUUCAAGUAAUCAACAAUCGCCUAGAAGAUCAGGUAGAAGAACUCAAAGAACAAAAACGAAAUCAACAGACUCUAUCAAAUUACGACGAAAAGAUGAUAAACUUGAAAUUCAAGUUGGAGAUGCUAUCUCAAUUCAAUCAAAAGGGGUGGUUAAUUACGGACUAGUAAAACAAAUCAAGUAUGAUAUUGAUGAACUUGAGGUAACAGUAGCUUGGUUUUGCACAAAGAACGAAAUAAGAAAUCAACCUAUUGAUGCACUUGAGAAUGAAAUUUUUAUAACUCCAUAUUCUGAUGAAAUUAAUCUAAAUGAAAUACAAGAUCACGUCAAAAUUAAACUGUCGAACGAUGAAGCAGGGGAAGGAUUUAUCUGUCAAAGAGCUACAAAUGAACUGGACAAGUUGUCUGAUACAUUUGAUUAUAAUGAAUUGUUAGAUAAGCUCAAACUCAGUAGUAUAAUAUUCACUGAUCACGUUAAAAAAUUGCUAUUUAAUCCGAGUUCCCUAAAGCAAGAAACAAAGCAAAAGAAUGUGGAACCGAUUGAAAAUCAUAAAGAUUCACCUGAAGAUCCUAACGAAGAAUCAGAAGAUCUGGCAAAACCAGAAAGUUCAGAUGAUGACAGUAUGAGUGAAAAUGAGGAACCAGCAAUCUCAACACCAAGAAAACGAAAAUCACCAACGAAAUCAUCACCAGCUAAAUUGUCACCGGCUAAAUUUUUACCUUCAAAGAGAAGUAAAAUUUCACCACAUAAUUCACAAAUACAAAACAUGUAUUCCUUAUUGAGUCCCAAUAGAAAAAUUCAAAUCUCACAAUCCAACAAUUCAAUACCAUUAUUCACAUCACCUACAAAACCCAAAAAUAUACCUGAAAUUUUAGACCCGACUUCAGAAGCAAUCAAAGAAAUUAAAGCAAAAUUACAUACAUCUCAAAAACUUACUGCAUUACCGGGUAGAGAAGAUGAAUUUUCAAUGAUAUAUGCAAGUUUGGAAAGUGCAGUUAAUGAAGGAACUGGUUGUUGUAUAUAUAUAAGUGGAGUUCCUGGAAUGGGUAAAACAGCUACUGUUAAAGAUGUUAUAUUUCAAAUGAAUGAAUUAGUUAAAGAAAAACAAUUAAAUGAGUUUAAUUUUAUUGAAAUUAAUGGAUUGAAAUUAUUAUCACCGACAGUAGCAUAUAGUAAACUUUGGGAAUAUAUAAGUGGUGAUAAAGUAUCUGAUUCAAAUGCAGCAGUGCUUUUAGAAGAAUAUUAUAAAAUUGAAGAUGAAAAUCGGAAACCAUUAGUUGUAUUAAUGGAUGAAAUAGAUCAAAUUGCUUCAAAAAAGCAAAAUGUAAUGUAUAAUUUUUUUAAUUGGCCAACAUAUUCAACAUCAAAAUUAAUUGUUAUUGCAGUUGGCAAUACCAUGGAUUUACCUGAACGAUUAUUAUCGAAUAAAAUUUCAUCAAGAAUGGGAUUAAGAAGAAUUCAAUUUAAAGGUUAUACUUUUCAACAAUUAGGAAUUAUCAUUCAACAUAGAUUAGAUAUGUUGACUAAAAACAGUAAACAUAAGGUUGAAAUAAGCAAUGAUGCUAUAGGAUUUGCAUCUAGAAAAGUAGCAAGUGUUUCAGGAGAUGCAAGAAGAGCAUUAACAAUAUGUAGAAGAGCAGUUGAAAUUGCUGAAAAACAAUUUUUGGAACACGCUACUAAUGGAGAGAAUCAAGUAUAUCAAGUAACCAUAUCUCAUAUUUCACAAGCUGUAAAUGAAAGUAUUAAUUCUUCUUUAGCCGAAUAUUUGGCUGGAUUACCAUAUGCUGGUAAACUACUAUUGGCUGCUUUAUUAAAAAGAAUUCGAAGAACAGGAUUGGCUGAAAAUGCAGUGGGUGAAGUAAUAGAUGAAAUGAAAAAUAGCAUCUUAAUGUCAACAACUUCAAACCCUUUCCUAACUGAUCAUACAAUGUAUGAUUUAUUAUAUACAAAUGGUGAAGGCAAGGUUUAUAUUAGGAUUCUUAACUUUGAAUUUAUAUUAAAAUCAUUGGUCGAAGCUGAUGUGAUAAGCUUACUGAAUUUUUCAACUGAAAGAAGAAGAAUAAUCACACUAAAUGUUAGUGAAGACGAAGUUGUUUCAGUAUUGAAAAGAGAUAAAGAAAUUUCUCAAUUUUUAUAA